AUGUCAGACAACAUAGCAAGGAAGACUCAGGGACUUCCCAAAGAAGGUAACCAAGACACAUCUUCAUUAACAGAUGCUGUAGAGCAAGUUGCAAAGCAACAACAAUCACAAGCUUCAGAAAUAGAAAAAAACAAAAAAGUUCUGUUCCAUAUGCAGGUAACCUAUUUUAUACAGUUUUUUAAUGUCUUUACUUCCUUCAAAAAAAAUGUGAAGCUUAAAUUUGAUAUAGAAAUGGCCCAAGAAGAUUUUGAGGAACACAUGAUAAAAUAUAAUGCAUACUAUGUGAAAAUAAAAGCACAUAAAGAUAGUUUGGGGGAGGUAGAAAGCAAAUGGUCAUUUAUGACUGAACUCCAUGAAAAACAAGAUCUUGUUAAAAAACUAAAAACAAUGAAAGAGGAACUUGUGCAAGAUCUCCAAAAUCCAGGAGGGAACCGAAUAACACAAGUACAGGAAGACAUUACCAAGUUAAAGGAUAAAAUUAUAACUGUAAAAGAAUCUAUCAUUGAAAAAACUUGUUUUCUUGAGGAAGAAAAAAAGACACAUGAAAAACUAAGAAAAGAAAUAGAGGUACAACAUAAGAGAUAUGAUGCAAUUCUUAAGCGUUUGCGUUGUCAAGUGAACAAACUUCAUUCAAAUAGAAGACAAUGGCAAUGGAACAUUCAACAACUGGAAAAAACUGCAGCUGAACUAAGAAAAUGCAUUGGAAUGCAAGAAUAA